GUUUGAAGCGAUCGCCGCGGGAUACGAUGUACCGGAAAUUUCCAAGUAUCUCGAUUUUAUCAACGUUAUGACGUACGAUUUCCAUGGACAGUGGGAACGACAGGUUGGACACAAUUCGCCACUGUUCCCGCUGGAUUCGGCCUCCAACUACCAGAAGAAGCUGACCGUUGACUACAGUGCCCGGGAGUGGGUGAAGCAGGGUGCUCCGAAAGAGAAACUUCUGAUCGGUAUGCCCACGUACGGCCGUUCGUUUACGCUCGUCAACCAAACACAGUUCGACAUCGGUGCACCGGCUUCCGGUGGUGGUCUGCCGGGCAAGUUUACGAGUGAAGCCGGCUUCCUGAGCUACUAUGAAAUCUGUGCCUUCCUCGGUGUGGACAAUACUACGCUCGUGUGGGACUCGGAGCAGCAGGUGCCAUUCGCCUACCGUAAGGAUCAGUGGGUUGGAUUCGAUGAUGAGCGAUCGCUGAAGACGAAGAUGGAAUGGUUGAAGGAGGAAGGCUUCGGUGGUAUCAUGGUGUGGUCGAUCGAUAUGGAUGAUUUCUCGGGACGCUGCGGUAGCGGCAAGUAUCCGCUGCUGAAUGUGAUGAACAGUGAGCUGAAGGACUACAAGGUGCAGCUGGAGUACGAUGGCCCCUACGAAUCCUACGGACCACGAGGAGCUUACACUACCAAGGAUCCUAACGAGGUCACCUGUGCCGAAGAGGACGGUCACAUUAGCUACCAUCCGGACAAGAGCGACUGUACGCACUACUUCAUGUGCGAAGGUGAACGCAAGCACCACAUGCCAUGCCCCGCCAAUCUGGUGUUCAAUCCCAACGAGAACGUGUGCGAUUGGCCCGAGAAUGUCGAAGGUUGCCAGAGCCAUACGCAGGCUCCAGCGGCCUAAUCCACCGGUCCCCUUUUGCCAACACCCUCCCAUCUUCCCACAUCUACACACUUCUGCUACGUAGGUUAUAGGUGCAUCGGAUGUGACGCAAACAACAAACUCCAAUGAUGGCGCAUAUCCACCAGCGGCUGUUGGGUGGAAAACCUUAAACACAAAUACUCUUCGAUCGUCCCCGAUCGUCACACUGGACGGAAUGACAAACGGACAGAACGUAGGCAAGCUCGACCAGCAGACAACUGUUGUUUUGUAAAUAUAUGAAACCGAUCCUUUCCUUUCCGAGAGCAUUUGACAAACAAGGAUAGCGAAAAGGUCCAACUGACUCCAAACUGCCACUGCCUAGGACGUGAGACACCACCCUCUCUGCUCUGCUCGAUCACGCCUGAUCCUGAUCUGUGCUUUCCAAUAUUUAUGAUUCUCUGUUUUUUUUUUGCCUUCCAUCGGCUCCAUCCAAUCCUGUCUCUCUACAUCUCAACCAGCCAGCAGUGGCUGUUGGGCUCGUCGAGAGUGGUUUAAUUUCGUCCUCCUUACACGUAACGUAAAGUAAUUAGUGUUGCUCUUGUCCUGUGCACUGUGUCGACAAAAUGCUAUUUAUGAGAAAGCGAAGCGUCAGAACGGACGACUAACGGAGUCAAUUCUAAUUGCGAUCGGCCACUCUCCCAUCGGGGUUUGAGCGUCGGUUGAUAGUUGUUGUUGACAGUCUUUUUUUUAUUAUUAUUAUUGUGACAUACUGAGCAAGGAAAAUUGAGAAACAUGCGAAAGUUUGCGAAGAAUUCACAGCGUUGCAAUGGCAUCACAUUAAUAUCGACGACGAUGACGAUGGCGGCAUAGACUAUUCCCGGAUCGAUCACAACCCCCCCCCCCGCGACCCCAAACACACAGCAAAUGUUUUACACCAGUGGCGUCUGUAAAUGUCGUUUUUUGAUAGAUGUAUAAAAACUGUGAUAAUUAAGUGUAUAUAAAAAGAAGAGCCAGAAAGAGCCAAGAAAAAGAAAGAGAGAGAGAGAGAGAGAGAGAGAGUGAGA